CGCAGGUUUUCUACUUUAGUUCCUUAAAACGCUCAACUUGUCAACGCAUUAAAGUCAUCGGCCAUCUCUUUUUGUCAUCGCCGCCGUUGAAGCUCUCUUUCUCUCUACCUCCGGCGAUCAUGAUCUACGUCGACGGAGUGCUAUUUCCAGAUGAAAACAGCUCAUCUUCUCUCUCUUCUUCAUCGCAGGGAAGCAGCUUGCUUCUCGAUGUAAUGACACAUCCUGUCAUAAUCUCAGCUUCUGACUCAUUCAAGAAUCUCGAGGAACAGAGAGUUACAGAGAGCUGCUCAACAAAAGACAGAUAUGUUUACAUAUUCCAAAGAGAAUAUGCUGUUGUGAAUCCAGCUCUUGUUGAUUUUGUUGGCAUGGAUGAAGCAACAACUUGUGUAGGUCUUGUUAUCCGCAACAGAAGAUCUGGAGUCACUUCUAUUGCACAUAUGGAUUCACCAAAAGUUGUGGACUUGGGGAUAAGGCAGAUGUUAUCAUUGGUUUUGGAGGAUGACAGUGAUGCCGAGUUAGAUGUACAUAUGGUUGGUGGUUAUGAAGAUGUGGAUUUAAAAAAGAUUGCUAAUGGCAGUGGUGACUAUGCCAAACCAGAGGGUUACUCAUUUCCUUUGUGUUGCAAAUUAGUGGAGACGUUACAGAAGAGAAGAGAAAACUUUCACAUUCAAACCUUAUUUAUUCUUGGGCACAACACCAAGCUGGAUGCUCAAGGGAACACGUGCCCCAUUUUUAAUGGAUUCCUGGUUAAUACCUCCAGCGGUGAUAUUGUCCCAGCCAGUUUCAACAGAUCUUCCAGAUGUCCGGAUGAGCUUGUUCGUAGAAUCAGAGUGUCGGCAUCAUUCGAUGAUCCUAGCUGGAGGGGGAAGUUACUUGACACAUAUGACACAAAAACUGAUAGAUUCAUCAUCGCACCAUGCUCCUGGACAAUGCGGCUGGUUGAAUACGUUUGGGAGCUUAAUCAGCUUCCUGAUGAAGAGAUUCUUGUCAACUGUUCCACCUCACCUUCUGCUGAAGGUCCAGAUUUCAUAGACAAUGAAAGAAGGAUUUGGAAGUAUUUAUUAAAAUAUCCAGAAUGGAGCAAAACCUUCCCAAAGAGACAACCACGUUUGUUUGAAAGGACUGCCAAUGGAAGCUGGAACUCCGUGUUUUGAUUCUUGAACAUAAGAAUGUAAAAAAUAAGGUUGCAAUUGGGACCUAACAAACUAAUGUUGUGUUAAAACGUGGGCUUGAUCCGGCCUAGUAGGCCUA